AUGAAUUCGGUUUGCUUUAAUGGUGGGAACGAUCGGCUGAUCCACGAAGCAGAUCAAUUAAUUUCUUACAUAGAGCGUGGUUCCACAGUUCUGAAAUUUUAUCCUCGCAAAAGACCUGAACGUCGUACUCUAUCGGUCCGUCGUGAAACGCAUCAAGUAAUUUGGUUCAGAACAACAACACCACAGCGGCAUGCAUACGAAGCUUGUUUAGACAUAAGGGACAUUAAGGAAGUGCGGCCUGGUAAAUUUUCGAGGGAUUUUGAGAAAUGGCCGGAGGAGGCCAAACGCUUAGAGAGUUCCAAGUGCUUUACAAUAUAUUAUGGAGGAGAGUUUAAGCUUAGAUCAGCUUCAUUUGCUGCUCAAACAGACAAAGAGUGUGAGGCUUGGAGACAGGGAUUGCAUUUUUUGAUAGAAGAAGCGGUGAAUGCAUCAUAUCCAUUGCAAAUUGAGCGAUGGUUGAGAAAGGAGUUUUAUUCCAUUGAGAAUUCAAAUGAAAAGAUUACUAUAAAGGAAGUAAAAGGGUUUUUACCUAAAAUAAAUUGCAAAAUUUCAACAAGUAAAUUGAGAGAUAUUUUCCAAGAAGUAGACAAUGGAAAGAGAGGAGAAAUUGGCUUUGAUGAUUUCUCUGUAUUAUACCAUAAGCUGAUCUUUGAUGAAAAUAAUGUCCAUGAAAUCUUCGACAAGUGUUCCCUGUACUGCGCCAACGGGUCCACCAUCACGCUGCGGGAGUUUCAGAGGUUCCUGCUGGUCGAGCAACACGACCGGCUCGGGGACGAGGAAGUGCGGGCGUCACAGUUCAUACGUGACUACCUAAAGGACCCGCAGAGAGACAUCGCGGAGCCCUACUUUACAUUAAAUGAGUUCAUUGAGAUGUUAUUCUCUAAACAAAAUUCUAUUUGGGACUCGAAAAACGAUGAAGUAACUCAAGAUAUGACGAGACCUCUCGCGCACUACUGGAUCUCGUCUUCCCAUAAUACAUAUUUGACCGGAGAUCAGUUUUCAAGUGAAUCUUCGUUGGAGGCGUACGUGCGUUGUCUGAGGGCAGGCUGUCGCUGCAUCGAGCUGGAUUGUUGGGACGGACCGGACGGAACCCCCUUCAUUUACCAUGGCCACACGCUCACUACUAAAAUUAAACUGAUGGAUGUCUUGCGUACAAUCAAAGAACAUGCUUUUGUUGUGUCCGAUUACCCCGUGAUCCUUUCCAUCGAGGACAACUGUUCUUUGCCGCAACAACGGCGCAUGGCGAGCGCUUUCCAAGACGUCUUCGGUGAAAUGCUAGUGGUCCAGCCUCAUGAGAAAAACGAGACGGUCCUGCCUUCCCCGCAUGACCUACGCCGGAAGAUAAUAUUGAAACAUAAGAAGCUUCCAGAAGGAGCCGAAGAGAACUCGUUCUCAAUCCGCCAAGAGGAAGCGAAGGACCUCGAUCUUAGGAACACGAUCAAGAACGGCAUCCUUCUUCUAGAGGAUCCGAUAGAUAAAGACUGGAAUCCACACGCAUUCGUCCUUACAGAGAACAAACUAUACUACACGGAGCAUUACAGCGCUCAGGCGGAGGCGGAUGGGGAUAGCGAGGGUGAGGGUGAUGGGGGAGAAGAAGGGGUGCCGCACGAUGAGCUGCAUUUCGGGGAGUGCUGGUUCCACGGCAAGCUAGCCGGCAACCGUCAGGAGGCUGAGGAGCUGCUGCGGGCGCAUUCUUACCUUGGUGAUGGCACCUUCCUCGUGAGGGAGAGCGUCACCUUCGUGGGUGACUACUGCCUGUCCUUCUGGCGACAGGGCAAGGUCAACCAUUGCAGGAUAAAGCUCAAGCAAGAGCGGGGCGUCACCAAGUAUUACCUGAUUGAUACGGUGUGCUUCGAUAGCCUCUACAGCCUCAUAACGCAUUACAGGACCCACCCCCUGAGAAGUCAGGAGUUCCUGAUAACCCUGAAGGAGCCUGUUCCCCAGCCGAAAAAGCACGAAGGCAAAGAAUGGUGGCAGCCGACUUGCUCCCGGGCCCAGGCAGAGGAGUGGCUUAGAAAGGCCAAUAUCGAUGGUGCUUUUCUGGUGAGGCCCAGCGAGAAGGAACAAGGCUCUUAUGCCAUUAGCUUCAGAUGUGAAAGAGAGAUCAAACACUGUCGCAUCAGACACGAAGGGCGACUCUUCUCCAUCGGCACGGUCAAAUUCGAGAGUCUAGUGGAUUUGGUCUUAUACUAUGAUAAACAACCUUUGUACAAGAAGAUAAAGUUGUGUUUCCCCAUCAGUGAAGACGUCAUUAGGAAGAUUAUGAUGGAGCCAGAUGACAAUUCCGUGUAUGGAACUCCAGGGUAUAUGGAUCCAUCGUCUUUUACAUCGAAGAUAACAGUGAAGGCGCUGUACGAUUACCGAGCCAGACAGGACGACGAGCUGUCCUUUUGCAAGCACGCGAUCAUCACCAACGUGGACAAACCCGACGAGGGGUGGUGGAGGGGGGACUAUGGGGGAAAGAGACACCACUGGUUCCCAGCAAACUAUGUGCAGGAGAUAGAGACGCCCCACGUGCCCGAUAUUAACGGCCUUGAGGGCGAGUCGGCGGCAUUGGGGUCGCUGCAGAAGGGCGUGGUGGAUGUGGUGGGCGCUGUGGUGGAGCUGGUGGUAGGUGAGGAGAGUGGUGGCGCGCGCUGGCUUGUGCGCGUGCACAGCCCUACCCUUUGCGCGCCCUUCGACAUGGCCGCGCCAACGCGCGAGCUUGCGCUCGAGUGGCUGGCCGCCGUGCGCGAGGCCGCCCACUGCGCCAGCGCGCGCUCGCUGCGCCACCGCAAGAUGGAACGCACCUGGCGCAUCGCUAAGGAGAUCUCCGACCUCAUCGUUUACUGCCGCUCCGUCACCUUCAGCCAGGAGCGGCUGCGCGCUACCGGCUUCGUCCACAACGAGAUGUCCUCCUUCCCAGAGACCAAGGCGGAGCGUCUCAUGUGUCAGCCCGACGCAACCUUUUUCACAGCUUACCACGCGGUGCAGCUCAGUCGCGUCUAUCCCAAGGGGCAACGCAUCGACUCCUCCAACUAUAACCCGGUGCCGUUCUGGAAUGUGGGCACGCAGAUGGUGGCGCUCAACUACCAGACGCCCGACCGGCCGAUGCAGCUGAACGCGGGCAAGUUCCGCCAAAAUGGUGGGUGUGGAUAUGUGCUGAAGCCGGAGUUCAUGUUCGAGGAGGGCUACAACCCGUACGAGAGGCGCAGCGUGGAGAAGAAGGUGACACCGGUGAUGGUGCGGCUUCGCGUGGUGGGCGCGCGGCACCUCAGCAAGUCCGGCCGCGGCACGGCCAGCCCCUUCGUGGAGGUGGAGAUCAUCGGCGCCGAGUACGACAACUGCGUGCGCCUCUCGACCAAGACAGUCACCGACAACGGAAUAAAUCCAAUAUGGAAUGAUAUCUGCGAGUUCGAGGUCUACAACCCGGACCUGGCGCUGAUCAGGUUCCUCGUGCAGGAUGAGGAUAUGUUCGGGGACCCCAACUUCAUCGGGCAGGCCACGUACCCUCUGCGCUGCCUGCGCACCGGCUACAGGAGCGUCAUCCUCACCAAUGGAUACUCCGAGGAGUUGGAGCUGUCCUCGCUGCUGGUCCACAUCUCCGUCAUACAGAAUCAC